AUGACCGCCUUGUACUUGUUGGCCGCCGUUGUUGUCUAUGUUGUUGCUGACAACAUCACCCCCGAGUUGAACACUCCAAUCAGCGGUGGUGAGUUCACCUUCUACGGCUACGGUACCGACAGUGCUGGUGCUUGCGGUAUUGAUGUGACCAACUGCUCAGCUGCUGUUUCUGGAUCUUUGUUCACUUCUGGAGCCGCCUGGGUACCAUCUGACCUGCCUGAUGGUCGCUACAUCUUGGACGACCCAGUCUGCGAAGGAAUCUGCGUUCAAAUUCAAUACAAUGGCAAAACGUAAGAUAAUGUCAUGAUUAUUAUCUAUGGCUUUUAUCUUGUUAGGAUGAAGAAGAUGGGGCAAUACUUCAGCUUGUUGGUACCAAUGCUAAAGCCUAUAGUACCAAUUACAAAACUAUGAAAUUUUAAUUAGAAAAACCUAAACUAAUAUUAUCUUUUCAGUGGAGUCUUCCCAGUCAACAACGAAUGCCCAGAAUGCGAAGUCAACCACGUCGACCUCACCACCGACGCUUUCUUGCUUUUGGAGCCAGCUGGUGGAACCGUAGGAAUUGCCACUAACGCUACCAUCACCUACUUGUUCUGCAACCAGACCACUCCAUCCACCUGUUAG